AUGGGAGACUUUCCAGACCCUGAUGAAGAAUAUGAACUUAUGUAUUCUGAUGAUCUUGAAUUAAUUCGUGAGAUUGAUGAUGGCACAGAUUCAAAAAAAAUCAAAAAUAAGGUUUUACCAGCGAAAAGAAGUCUUGAUUUCUCAAGUCCAGUACAAAAACCGCUUUUACAUACUCAACAAAGUAGUGCAAAUGCGUCAAGUUUAUCAGAAAGCUAUCAAUCUCAAACAGAUAUAAUAAGCUCAAUUCCAACUAAGAGAACCGCUGAAGAUCUUUUCGGUGACAUCAAUGACAUAGACUUUGAUGACUUAGGUUUACCGAGUAAAAGACAAAAGACCGAAGAAGAAAAUGAUUUAGAAUUAAUCAACAAGAUUAUUGAGAGUCGGAAAAUGAGACAAAUGCUAUCAGAACCUAAUAGAGCAUUAUUGGAUAAUAUGUCUAAUUAUAAUGUCAGUAAAAACUUAUCACUGAAAAUUCCGAAGUGGGCGUUCAUGCCAUUUACAAAUUGGGAUGGUGAUAGGGUGUAUGUUCGCAUGGAGUCCGAGGACAGCUGGGAAGAGUCCUUAGAUCUUGCACCAGAUCAGAUUUCUUUGAAAUCCAUGUUCACACCAGUUUGGGAGGAAGCUCGGAAAAUAUUGGAAGCCAAGAAAAAUAGAAUUGAACAAGAUUUAGUUCAAGAAACUACAGUUAAUGAUAAACAAGACUUCACCGAUCUCUGGGUUGAGAAGUACAAACCUAAGUCCUACAUUGAUUUGUUAUCAGAAGAACCUGUGAAUAGGUGUUUAUUACACUGGCUUCAUUUGUGGGAUAAGAUAGUUUUUAACAAAGAUCUCAAAACCGUUGAGCCCCAACAACGUAAUUCAUUCAGCAAACGAACCGGACAGUUCCAAAUGAGCAACAAGUGGCGUGGCAAGAAAGAUGAACCGGAAAUGGAUGAAGAUGGCAGACCACAUCAUAAAGUGGCAUUAGUAUGUGGACCUCCAGGUGUGGGCAAAACUACAUUGGCGCAUCUACUGGCUAGACUGGCUGGUUAUAGGCCGGUGGAACUGAACGCGUCAGAUGAAAGGAGUACGGAUCAGUUUAAAAACGCUUUACAGAGCGCUACACUCAUGAGAUCUGUUUUGGAUGCUGAGAAACGACCUAACUGUUUGAUAUUGGAUGAAAUAGACGGAGCUCCGAUACAAACAGUAGAGUUAUUAGUGAGGUGGUGUACAGCUAAGAAAGAUGAAGGCAAAAAGAAAAGCAGGGUGCAUGUGUUAAAGAGACCUGUUAUAGCUAUAUGUAAUGAUUUAUAUGCUACGUCUCUUAGGCCUUUGAGGCCUAUAUCUCUAAUAGUGAGUGUGGGUGCCGUAUGUUCAACUCGUCUAAGCUCAAGACUCACGCUAGUAGCCAAGUGUGAACGGGUUUAUGUUGCUGCAAGGGCUUUAACUGCACUUGCAGCAAGAGCAAGAGGCGAUGUACGGUCAGCAUUACACGCGUUGAGUUUCUUGAGGGCUGGAGGAAAAAAUGGGGACCAGAUUAAAGUAGAAGAUGUAGAAAAUAUAGCGAUUGGUACCAAAGACAACUCUCAAAGUAUAAUGCAAGCUCUACAAACAAUAUUCACUCUCAACAAUAAUGAUCAUGAGGCUGUAUUGAAGGUUAUUCAGGCGGCUGGAGAGUAUGAAAGAAUAGCCGACGGUAUUUUCGAGAACUACCCAUGUUCCCGUUCAGAUUCCAGACUUCUGGUUUCUUGCGCCAUAAGCGAACUGCUGGCUUUGUUCGACAUAACAAAUAGCUGGAUCCUACGUACAUCAAACUACAGUAUGUACGGAGUACUGCCUACCCUACUAGCUAGGGGUCACGAUAUACUGGCUACCCGACAACCAACGAGAGUGAAAUUCCCUAUGACGUCACAGGAGAUGUCCCGUAAGAAGACGGAGAUGGACAGCAUCUUGUGGUCCAUAUGGCGCGGAUCAACUGUUUACAACACGAAGAAAUCUCUCAAGCUAGAUAUUAUUCCACUCCUGCCAUACUUGUUGUCACCAGUACUAAGAUCCGCUAAUAUACAGUUGUGUUCUGAUAGUGAACGCAAGUCUGUACUGUCGUGUGCCGGAGCUAUGUGUGAUUACGGACUGACAUACAUACAGCGACGCGAACAGAAUGGCUACGAACAUGUUAUAGAACCUGAUGUAUAUAGACUGGCUUUGUUCGGUCCAGAAGACAGAAUGCGUCCUUCACCAGCCGUUAGACAAACGAUAGCCGCACAACAACAAUUAGAAGUGAUUAGACGGAACGAAGAAAUGAUGAAUAGAUCUUCCGGUAGACCAGAGAAGUGUGAAAGAAAAGUUUCAAAAAAAGAAGUUCCAUCGGUUGAAGUUAAAGAGUCCAGAUUACCUAACCACUUGCAGCGGUUACAGCCUAAAGCUAUAGAACGUGCCUUACCUCAGGUACAGAAGGACUUCUUCGGCAGAAUCGUUCAGGUAGCUGAGGUACAGAAACAGGCAGACGGUGUGUCGGGUCUCAUCACAUCAAGUGUGUUCUAUCAAUACAGAGAAGGAUUCAACAACGCGGUCAGACGGAACGUGCGUAUGAGGGAUCUGAUGUGA